GGUCUCGUGGGGGUCCGCGGGGCGCCGGAACGCGGAGCGGAAGCCGCAGCCUCGCAGGCCCCCGCUCAGCCAAUCAGCGGGCGACGGUGUUUUCAUCUCGGGUCGGAAUAAAAGGGCUGGAAUAAAAGAGGGCAGAAAAGGCGCCGGGCGGGCCCGACACGCGCGGAGCAGCCGAGGAGCGGGAGCCGGGAGCGAGUUCGGCGAGGGCGCGCGGGCAGCGGCGGCACUGAAGCGGCGCGGGGAGCAAACGACGGAACCCGAGGAACAGGACGGAGCGGUGGUGCAGAGCCGGAGCCCGAGCCGCGCCGCGCCAUGGCGCCCACCCUGGCCACUGCCCAUCGGCGCCGCUGGUGGAUGGCCUGCACUGCCGUGCUGGAAAACCUCCUCUUCUCGGCAGUCCUUCUGGGCUGGGGCUCGCUGCUCAUCAUGCUGAAGUCGGAAGGCUUUUACUCCUACCUGUGUGCUGAGCCAGAGAAUGUCACCAAUGGCACAGUGGGUGGCACGGCAGAGCCAGGGCAUGAGGACGUGAGCUGGAUGAACGGCUGGCUCAGCUGCCAGGCCCAGGACGAGAUGCUGAACUUGGCCUUCACCGUGGGCUCCUUUCUGCUCAGUGCCAUCACCCUGCCCCUGGGCAUCGUCAUGGACAAGUAUGGCCCGAGGAAGCUCCGGCUGCUGGGCAGCGCCUGCUUCGCUGUCUCCUGCUUGCUGAUUGCGUACGGAGCGAGCAACCCGAACUCCCUCUCGGUGCUCAUCUUCAUCGCCCUGGCUCUGAACGGCUUUGGUGGGAUGUGUAUGACCUUCACCUCAUUAACACUGCCCAACAUGUUCGGAGACCUUCGGUCCACGUUUAUUGCCCUGAUGAUUGGGUCCUACGCCUCCUCGGCCGUCACCUUCCCGGGAAUCAAGCUCAUCUACGAUGCUGGCGUCUCCUUCAUCGUCAUCCUUGUGGUCUGGGCCGGCUGCUCUGGGCUGGUUUUCCUCAACUGCUUCUUUAACUGGCCCCUGGAGCCCUUCCCCGGGCCGGAGGACAUGGACUACUCGGUGAAGAUCAAGUUCAGCUGGCUGGGCUUUGACCACAAGAUCACGGGGAAGCAGUUCUACAAGCAGGUGACCACGGUGGGCCGCCGCCUGAGCGUGGGCAGCUCCAUGAGGAGUGCUAAGGAGCAGGUGGCACUGCAGGAGGGCCACAAGCUGUGCCUGUCCACCGUCGACCUGGAGGUGAAGUGCCAGCCAGACGCUGCAGCGGCCCCAUCCUUCAUGCAAAGCGUGUUCAGCCCCAUCCUGCUGCUCAGCCUCGUCACCAUGUGUGUCACCCAGCUUCGGCUCAUCUUCUACAUGGGAGCCAUGAACAACAUCCUCAAGUUCCUGGUCAGCGGCGACCAGAAGACAGUGAUGGCCACGGUUGGUCUCUACACCUCCAUCUUUGGCGUGCUCCAGCUGCUGUGCCUGCUCACGGCGCCUGUCAUUGGCUACAUCAUGGACUGGAGGCUGAAGGAGUGUGAAGACGCCUCCGAGGAGCCCGAGGACAAAGACGCCACCCAAAGUGAGAAGAAGACGACGCGGGACCGGCAGAUCCAGAAGGUCACCAACGCCAUGCGGGCCUUCGCCUUCACCAAUGUGCUGCUUGUAGGCUUUGGGGUGACCUGCCUCAUUCCUAACCUGCCUCUACAGAUCCUCUCCUUCAUCCUGCACACGAUCGUGCGAGGAUUCAUCCACUCCGCUGUUGGGGGCCUGUAUGCCGCCGUGUACCCCUCCACCCAGUUCGGCAGCCUCACGGGCCUGCAGUCCCUGGUCAGCGCGCUCUUUGCCCUCCUGCAGCAGCCGCUGUUUCUGGCCAUGAUGGGUCCCCUCCAGGGAGACCCUCUGUGGGUGAACGUGGGUUUGCUGGCGCUCAGCCUGCUGGGUUUCUGCCUGCCGCUCUACCUGAUCUGCUACCGGCGCCAGCUGGAGCAGCAGCUGCGGCAGAGGCGGGAAGACGACAAGCUCUUCCUCAAAAUCAACGGCUCGUCCAACCAGGAGGCCUUCGUGUAGCGGCCACCACCUCGGGACUGCGGCCCUGCCUGUGCGUCCGCGGCUGACCCUGCCCUGCCCACCCCAGAGGACCCCACGCACCCCAGGACCCUCGCCAUCCCCGGCUCCCUUCCGGGGCCGGUCCUGCCUCGGAGUGCAGGCGAUGGAAGGACCGGAGAGGGCCUGGGACGUUUCCAUUUCCUCCUGCUGAACACAGGGCUGCCCGCCCGGGAGGGACCCGGGGGCUGGGGUCUCCGCGGUGCCUGCGGGAGGAGCCAGGAACCCUCCCGGCAGCACACUCCUGCCAGUGUCUGGAUUCUGCCUCUUGCCAAAGCAGAGGGGGCUGCCAUCCACUGCCCACCACCUGCCCCCAGCUGCGUGUCCAUGGCCACACCUGCCUGAGGACAAAGGCUCGCACUGUCUCGCUGCGCCUGGCCCCUCUCCGUCCCCGGCUCAUCUCGGCUGCCUGAGGAAGGACCUGAGGAAGGAAGGGCCUGCUUCCUGUUGUUGGUGCUAACUCCUUUGUCAUUCCAGCCCCUGUGUCCUGGCCAGGGCCUGUCCGGCCGGUGCAGAAGCCCCCUGGCUUACGGCCCGGGGAGGGGAGAGCGGGCUGGUUGGACAUGGUGGCUGUGCCCCUUGCCUCCUCCCCCAGGGCCUACGCGGGGACACGUUUCCAUGGCCACCCUCAUCCUGUCUGCCACCUGAAGGGAAUUUCAGGAGCACCGCCAGAGCCAGGGCACCGCCAGCAUACACACAACUACUUUUGUGGGGGUGGACGUAAGGCUGUGGUCGGCAGACGUGGAGGUCCAGGCCUGGGUGGGGCCGUGGAUCAGUGUGUGGGGUUGGGGUGUACAGGCGGGAGCCGCCAGGCCUCCAGCCCAGCCAGUGCCCAGGAGCCACCCUGGCGUGGGGCCAGGAGCUCGUCCGAGGCUGCAGGCCCACAGCACCCCCUGCUGGCGGGAUCCGCAGGGCCCUGGAGCUGACGACAGGGGAGGCAGGGGCACCUGGCCCAUCAACCCACGCACCUUGACUGCCCCCAGAAAUGUGUCUUGAGACCUCCUGGGGGUGCUUAGAGGGGUGAGCUGAUGUUUGGGUUUUUAGUUAUUUUUUUUUUUCUCAACAGUUUUACCAGACUUCUUUUUAUAAAGCAAUAAAUCCGUUCUCCUCCUGGUAAGGGAUACCCCUCCUAGCA